UCUCUUAUUCCAUAUAACUUCAGGUUUUAGUAAUGAAAGUCGGUUAGAAAUGGUUCGAGCGACCUUAUCCCAAUAUAUGUAUUUUUAUAUACAAUGAAGGAACUUCCAGUUUAUGAGUUUUUCCAGAUUUCAUAAAAAGGAAUCGUUUAGGAAAUCCACAUAAUUGAGAAACUUUGUAUGCUAAAAGUUGAUUUAGAAAGAACCCUACCCAAAAAGAACCCCUCAACGUCCUUGUUAGCAAAGACGACCAUAGAAAUUUUACCGAAUUCAUGAAAUCGAAUAGGAAAGUUAAGAAAUUAUCUAAGCAAAUGCAGAGAAUGCUUGGUGUUCGUUCUAUCAAGAACAUCAUUUUUGAAGAAAACGAUGGUACUGAAAUACCUUUCACUGAUAUGUUCGAGUACCGCACAGCCAUUGGAGCUGGAGGUUUUGGAUUCGUAGUAGCCGCUUUGGAUAGAUCUACAGGUGAAGAAAUAGCAAUUAAGAUUUUAUGUAAAGACAAGGCAAGUGAUAAAGUUAUUGAAUUAUUUAAGCAAGAAGCUGAGCUCUUGGAGAUGUACAAUCAUCCGAAUAUCACAAAAUUCAGGUUUUUACACAAUUACAGUAAUUAUAUAUGCCUCGGCAUGGAGCUAUGCAUGGGAGGAACUUUAAUGGACUGGAUUAUACAGCAAAGGCAAGUUGAAUACGAAACCUGAGAAGAAUAUGAAGAGAAAUGAGCUGAGAUAACCAAAUACAUCUUAGAAGGUCUCCACUAUCUCCAUAACAGCCUUGAGAUGAUCCACAGAGAUCUCAAGCCUGCUAAUAUUUUAUUUUUGAAGAAAAAUGAUCUCUCUUCAGUUAAAAUAUGAGAUUUCGGGUUAGCUAAAAAUGUUGGAAAUUCUAUAUUUGAUCAGCAUUAUGAAAAUGUUGGAACAAUUAUGUAUCAAGCGCCUGAGCAAAUGGAUGAAUCAAAAUCUUACUCUAAAGCAGCAGACUUGUGGGCUAUUGGCAUGAUCAUCUAUGAAAUGGUAACCAAGGGAGGUCACCCAAUCCUAGGUGCUGAUAUUCAUAAAAGCGUUAAAAUUACUGCAAUUGAUUACAGAAAACGGAUGGAUAAGUUUGAUAUGAGCUUUAAGGAAUCCAAUACAACUUGAAACAUUUCAGAUUUUGCUAAGAAUUUGAUUAGUAAUCUUUGAAGCAAAAAGGCUAACUUGAGGUACAACUGAAGCAGAGCUCUCAUGCAUCCUUGGAUUACAAGAAACGAGAAUGACAAAAUUCCACUGACUCCACAAGAAGAACUGGAGAGGAACUUCUUGAGAAUGGACUCUGAGAGAUCAAAUAUUCUGAACAAUUCCGAGUUUUUAUCCAAGAACAAGGAGCCAAUUCAAAACCAUACAAAAGCUGCCAUCAAGAUAGAGAGAUUAUCAGAAAGAGAUAGUUCCAGUUCAAAUGAAUAUUCCCUUUCGGAUCAUCAGAAUGAAUCAAGCGGCAGUAUUGGAAAAAUUGGCAGCAGAAAUGCCUCUAUAGUGAAGGGAACUCCAAUCCCUGUCAAGUCUAAAAUUAGUAACCUGAGUAAAUUAUCUAAGAGGUCAACUCUGAAGCUCAAAAAGAACAAGAGGAACAAUAAUUUUAUAAACAGGAGUGCUAAGAAGAGAGUAUUAACUGUAAAUAAAGCUCUUAGUACUAAGUUCAACUCUCACAGAAGGAACAAGGAUAAAUUUCUUCUCCCUCCGAUCAGGAAUGGAACUCGUUGUACUGAUACAUAUGAAAGUAAAUCCAAUACUUCAAGAGCUGGGACUGACAACACCAAAAGAAAGCUGGACAACAAGAAGAUCAAUAGCAUUCCAUUAGGUAAUGCUAGGAUUAUGGGGCAUAAGUCACCUAUCAAAGUUCCUAUCUCAAAACGACUCUCUGACCAUUUGGAUUUGGAGAAAAAGCAGUAUUGUAAAAAUUAUGAUUUCUCAAUCAAGAAACCCUGAAGAAUAUGCCUAUUCCAGCAUUGUCAAUGAACUAUACCUAAAUCAUCAAAAUAUCAACCAGGGAUGAGCAAGAGUAAAUAUAAACCUCCUUUUAAGAGCGUUGAAAAAAGAGAUGCCCAAAGGUCCUCUCUCACAAGGAUCGAACUAAACAAGGACAUCGAUCAGUUCUCUUCUCCAUAUAACAAGGAAAAGGAAGAGAAUACCUAUUUUCCAAAAUCUUGGAUAUUUUCAGCGAAAAUAUUUAAUCAGUAGUAAAGUAACUUUUCAACAUAUAAA